CUCUCUCUUCGCUGUUCUUCCUGUUCCAUGUUGGUUCCACUGCCGCACUCUCUCUGUCUUCACGACCCCGGCCACUCCACGAGCGCCUGCGCGACCAGGAUAACCCACGCCGUUGGUGGGACCCGUUCUUCUUGCAGCCUGCAUACACGGACAAUUGCAUUGGCUGUCAACGGACUACCAGACCGCUUCGGCGACUCCUGAAGCUGUACAUACUUCAACAACCGCCCACCGCGCACACUUCACGCUGGAUCGCGAGCGAGCUUGAGCGAGGCGUCUUUCGGUUGCGCAGAGCAUAUCUGCUCUCGCGCCUGUCACUCUUUUGAUUAUGCCAACGCCCACGAUCCCUACCCACUUUCGCUCUCUAACACAGUAUUAAUUCCAUAAUCACGCCCAUGUCGUCCGGCGGCCGGGUGAGGGAACGCAAAGAACUCUACGAGCGAUUGGCCAAGCGGAAGUCCAGAGACGCGAGGGGCGGAGGGUUCUUUGCUUCCCAACGCGACCUCACCAACCUCCGCGACGCGCACGACGACAAGAGAGCGGCGAAGAGCGCAAACGAGCUCAAGUUGAGGCGCCAAAGCCAGAACCCGAGCUCCACUUCCGUUCCCGACAAGCCGACCGUUCGCUUGGUGCAGCCUUCGGUCUCGACCUCAGAACCAGCACUCUACACCUCGCCAGACUACUCCGCCGACGGAGACACCCAAGACAGCGGUGACGAUGACGGCCAAGAAGAUCCUGCAACGCAUUCACAGCGGGCGGCGGCGGAAGAGACAGACGCCAUACCUCGCUUGACGCAAGCUAGCGACUCAGAACAAGGAUUUCCGGAUUCAGGCCGGGUCUCGCAUGUUUCAGAAGCACACACCUCAGCAAAUGAGGUGUCGGGAACAGAUCAAGAACAGGAUCGAGCACCGUCGACAACCCUGUAUUCCGAAUCGUCGCAGCUCACGCUUGCCAGCUCAGAUGGCCACCGCCGAAGCACAUCCUCAGGAUGGUUCUCGCAAUGUUCCACAUUGCAGAGCAGUAGCGAAAUUGCCUUGGGGAGCAAAAGCUCGCGAAGUCAUCGCUCCAGCCAGGUCACCACUCUUCGUGGAACUCCCACGCCGCACGAGCACGAGAAUCAAGCUCGCGCGCACGCCGAUGCCUCGGCAAGGUUGUCGCUGCAGACGCUGCAGGAAGCAUCUCCAGACUUGAGCACGACCAUUCGCGCUGUCCCGCAGUCUGAGACGUCUACAUCCUCGCCGGUCGAGCCGGGACCAGGGUCGGAGACGUUACAGGACGCCUCUGUUGCAGCCUCACGACCCUCUGCACCGCCCUCCGAAUCUCCUAGCGACUCGGACUCGCCUACAUCGUUACCACGGACUUGGAGAAGCGCAUAUUCGACAGGGUCGAUACAUACUUUACCAAGCAAUCCUAACCUUCAAGACGUAACUUCAUCUCCCGUCGUGCGAGUGUAUGAUUCGGAGCCGGCUUCGAUCUCUGAGGCUCCUCAGUCGCACUCGUCAUCGCCCAAUUUCGUCGCGUACAGCCCGAGUGUGGGCAGCGUGGUCCGCCACUCGGUCUCGCGGCCACGCCUACUGCAUCCAGCGAGCUCGAUCGAUUCGAUCAAUUCGCGGCUCGAGCUAUACAGUGUUCAGCCUCCUGGUGCGCGUUUAGCAAGCCACAGCUCGUGGGCAUCUUUCGAUAACGGCGGCACCCCUCCGCCACUGUACAUACCUAGGCGACGAGUGCGACACAAGCCUGCGUCGACAUCUCUGGCCUCUCAGGCAGCUUCGCAAGCGAGCGAGGAUCGGACACGGACAGCACAGUGUGGUUCAAAUGACACGAUGGACGCAGAGGAGGACAUCGAUACGCUACCAUACCCGAGACGCCCUUUCAGCAAUCACCUGAGCACGAUCGCGAGCGAGAGCGAUGGCAGGACGGGUAGUCACCACUUCAGCUACUGGUCUGCUGGUAGUGGGGUGUUGACAAUAGCAUCCGGCCAGCAGACGCCGCUCUCCAUGACCUUCGAUGGGUCGCGGCGUCGCAGUGCUCCAGUAGAUUCAAUCGCAUCGAGUUUGCCAUCGCCGGCCACGCAUGGAACAGGCACGGAUGUGGGAGAUAUGACACUGGGUAUCUAUCGAGAAGAGUCGGCCGUGCCGCAGCCACUAUUCCGGACACAAAACAGCGCAACAGUUGUGGACAAUGCAGGGCCGAGUAAUGCUGCUGGAACGAGGAAGUACGAUGGUCCGCUUCCUCCUAUGCCCCCAGUCCCCCAGAGUCGUGACAGUGACGAGCAAUUCGACACACUAUCAGAAAUGACUCGGCCCUCGCUACAUCAAAAGAGAUCUGGCUAUUCUCUGCGAGGUCGAAGCAACACGACUCCGGGCCAUUCGCGCGGACAAAGCGAAGUCAGCUACGUUGGUAGCGACAUUAGUAGUCAGGGCGCCGGAAUCUUUCCCGUGUGGGCGAGAAAUUUCUACAGUGGUAACGCGCAGUUGUCCAGCAAGAUCUCGCUGAGCAGCCUAUCGAAUUCAGAUCGGGCGCGAACGGCACCACAACAGCAUCGAAGAGGCGACAGCACGUGGACCGAUCACAGUAUAACAAGUCGCCUUGGGCAGACGUACAGCACAGAAGGAGACGUGAGUCCGACGAGUAGCCACUUCCUGCCUGCGAUCUUUCGCCCUCGCACGAGGCCUAAUGAAGCUUCGCGUAAAUCCAAACUUCAAAAGAGCCACAGAAGCCAAAAGAGUAACAAGAGCAACAAGACAAAUCGAUCUCGACCUUCGAAUGACGACCGACCAGACUCAAUGCCCAUUCUAGCAGAUCCUGCACAGCCUGAACACGGCGCCGAUUUCGAGGUCCUCCCAUCUGGCCAACCGCGAUGGGGAUUGUUACAAGACCCCGAUAGCUCGCCGCCUCAGCGCAUACCCCGCCACAAGCCUCUUCGAAAGUACAGCAAACAAGGCCAGUGGGAUCAGAUGGAGUUUCCAAGACCGAUGACCAAGGAUCGUCUCUCCGAAUUUGGAGGCUCGCUGAUCGGCCAACAACCGCACCUGGCGCCCAGCAAACGAACGUCUCAGACCCGUCUGUCCUUCUGGCAAGCUCCUAGCUUCACCGAGAGCCUCGACACGCUCAUUCGCUCUCGAUGCAAUAGGCAGGUGUUGCUGUUCACGCUAGGCUUUGUCAUGCCGUUGUUCUGGAUGUUGGCAGCUGUGCUGCCUCUGCCGAAACAGCCGCCCAGCGAGACCGAAUUGGAGAAACAUCGUGCUGCUCUCCCUGGAAGCGAGGAAGACAUAGAGCAGGCCAUGAUGCGUCAUGAGGCGGGCGAUGCCGAGCAAAGAUGGAGAGAUGAGCGGACGUAUCGCAAAGCCAAGUGGUGGAGGAUGCUGAAUCGGAUCAUGAGCGUCAUUGGAUUGCUCGUGAUCGGGGCUGUGGUUGCCCUUGUUGUGAUCACUGUAAAGUGAUACCCUUCGCCCACCAGGCCAACAUUCUCUGGACUUCAUUUUUACCCUUUUUCGAAAAACUUGGUCAAGACGACCCACGGGAGCAGCGACGAAACCACUGUGCACUAAAUUGCCAUCGAGGCAUGGAUUUCCUUAUUUGUUCGACUUCUACUGCAGCGUCCAGCAUUUCAUGUUAGCGCCAACGGCCAUUGGGAUGGCCAAACAUCUGAUGAUACCCACGUCAUACAACGGAUAUAAUGUGUGCUAUCUACUAAUCACAACCUUCUACGAAAAGCGUUGAUUGUCUUUUGCACGCAUUUCCAAGGAUACAUUAGAAAGAAUGAGAGAGAGAUUCUUGUGUUGAAAUUAGCGCCACAGAGCGAUUUAAGAUAGGGACAUAACUGGACAAAAUUUAUCAUGUGUACUAUUGUGCAGUUGAUCGACUGAUUGACUGUGAACAUAGCCCUUUCUGUUUGUCCCGCGUUCUGCUUUACCAGUACUGCUAAAGAUGCGCAUUUAAAAAAAUGACCUAGUCCCGAUCUACGCAGCAGCCUGGCCAGCAGCCCACUUCUUAUACAUUUCAUCAUACAACCUCAAAUCCUCCCUCGCAUCCUCCGCCGACGUCUUGACCUUCUUCCCAUUUACAAUACAC